CAGCGAUUCAGUUCAGUAUAUUGUUUAAACCUUUUAAUUUCUUAUAGCGUGCGUCCAAUUUAUAAUAAAUAAAUAAGUAAUCAGUUAAAACAGUUUGGUUUAAUAUUUGCGUACUCCCUAAGGACGAACUCAAAUAAAUUAAUAUCAGCUGUCAAUUCGGAAUAAACCGGUGAAUUGACAGUGAACCCGGCAUCAACCGAGCCAAAGAUAUUACAACUGGCGGCAGCGGCGCUCUUUUUGGAGAACGUCAACACUACGAAUCUGUCAGGUUAGGUGUACUAAUUCGAAUAAAACAUACGUUCAUACCCUGCUGAGUGUCUUUAAAAUACGUAUAACACGUGUUUCUAUACAUAUAUUUAUACGUGUCUACACCUCAGAGUGUCUUAAUAUACGUUUAUACGCGUGAUUUGAUACGUAUUUAAUACGUCCACGCAAUGUAUACAGUGUGCAUUUUGUUUAUUGUAUGUUGUACGUUUAUGCGAAUUCAUCAAAAUCGACGGGCGCGGAAUUUCAACGAUUGUUUCUCUUGCCGCAGCCGUAGCAACCGCCGCCGCCAUAGCCGCCAUAGUCAUUUGGCCUUGGCAGUGACAUGAGCGCGAGUGGGUCAUACCGAUGGAGCCGACGCAGUGACAGCGGGAAGUCGCGUGGGUGCGGUAUGCGGGUGCCACACAGAAAUCCACAAGUCAGCGGCGAUCGAAAUUACAAACAAUAUGCGCGGUAUCAUAUGGAUGUUACUGUGAGUUAAACAAAAAUAAUAAGAAAUAUCUUUUUGUAUACAAUACAUUAUAUUAUUGUAUAUAAGUAAAAUAAGGGAAAAGGAAAAAUGUAUUAAUAUUAAAUUAAAUAAAUAUUUUGUUGCUAUGUCAACUUAUACAAGUGGUAGCAACGAUAGCAAUUCUGACUACUGAGUCAAACCCUAAUUAUAUAUCACCCCCGACCGGUAGAUCAAACGCGACCGACAUUUUCAGUAGGGUAUCGAGAUCUCAAGCUCAAAAUUAACGUAGGAGUUUCAAUAGUCUAGGUUCCGUAAUUUCUUAAUCAAAUUUCGAGAACAAUACUCCCAUUUUGAAACCAGAUAAAGUAAUAGCACAAAAAUCAGCAUUAUCCCUCGAAUCAACUAUAAGUAAUACAUCCAAGUUUAACGGAGAAUGUCCACAGGAGGUGUACCCAUUUUUAAGUGCGUGUGACUUUGUAUCGAAAAAGAUUAGUGUCGAUUGUCGCCCUAUUCUCCUUCAAUCAAUUUUAACUAAGUUGGCGGGAAAAACGUUCACAGCGAUACAACACCGGGAGGUGAAAUCAUAGGAAACAUACAGACGCUUAUUAGAAGUGACAUUUUGUGCAAAAAGGACUUCAGAAUAUUUACAAUUGGAAUUAACCACACAGCCGAUAGUUUGGCAAAAGCACACUUAGUAUGCUUACAUAGCGUACCAGAAACGAUUGUAACAGAUCAAAAACUGGAUUUUCGUAAUAAACUUUUUAUAUCUUGUUGUAAAAUACUACAAAUAGAUAAAAUAAAAACUACAGCAUACCAUCCACAAUCCAAUGGAGCUCUUAAAAGGUCGCAUAGUACUAUUUUAUAGAGUACCUUAAGCAUUAUAUCAACGAAUAAAAGACAAAAUUGGAACGAAUACCUAGCUUAUGGAUACAACAGCUUAAUUCACACGACAAAUUGAUACCAGCCAUAUGAGUUAAUGUUCGGAAGAAAAGUAGAGGUCCAACACUCGCUAAGCCGUCCACCACAACCGUGUUAUAACUACGAUGAUUAUAACAACGAAAUGAAACUAAAAAUUCAAGAAGCUUAUGAGAUAGCACGAAGAAAUGAUCAUAAGCAAGAAACGAAAAUCUAAAGCAGUCUACGACAAAAAUCAACACGAAAUAAAUAUUAAAAUAGAAGACCAAGUACUUAUUAAAGACCACAACUACAAAGGAAAACUUAUUCUCAAGUGGAAAGAUCCAUAUUCAGUAACGGAUAUGCAUGACAAUGAAAAUGUUUUAAUUCAGUGCAAUAAAAAUCCAUAAGAAUGAGUUGAAAAUGUAUCAUUAUUAACGAAAUAUCAAAUUAGGCAAAUCUGUAAAAAUAGACUUAUAUUUUAUUUUAGUUCUUAAAGUAAUUUUAGUAAAUAUUAGGUAUCGAAUCUCCAUUAUAUGCCCAUCUUGAUUUUGUUUUCAUAGUUGUAUCACUUGGGGAAACAGAAAAGAACCAUUUCAACGUUACAUCAAUUUUUAACCAGUCUGGAAUCUAUUUCCAUUCAGUUAAUAACUUACGUAUACAUAAUUAAUUUUGGCGGUUCCUCACUUACGUCAAUAUCACUAGUUUCAAUGAAAACUGCGGUAAAAUCGGUAGCAUGAUUAAGCAAAUAGGAUAAUUCUGCAAACUAAGUCAAUCCCUCGAAAUUACAUCUUUUUAACGUACUGGUGGUCAGUACAAUUACCAGACAAACAAUUUUUUAGUAAAAGUCAACAAUAAUAUAGACCAUAUAAUAAGAAUUAUUGAAUCACCAAAAAAUAGCCAUCGUGAAAAGAGAGGUUUAAUAAAUGUAGUUGUCAGACUAGCGAAUGUCUUAUUCGGAGUUUGCGACGAUACCGACGCAAAGUAUUUGUAUUGAUAAAAAUGCGAAAAUGCCUAGUCAGUCGAGUAAUAACAGCGAUUCAGUUCAGUAUAUUGUUUAAACCUUUUAUAUUUCUUAUAACGUAUGUCCAAUUUAUAAUAAAUAAAUAAAUAAUUAGUUAAAACAGUUUGGUUUAAUAUUUGCGUACUCCCUAAGGACGAUAUCAAAUAAAUUAAUAUCAGCUGUCAAUUCGAAAUAAACCAGGAUUGACGAUAAACCCGGCAUCAAACGGGCCAAGGAUAUAACACCUAUAUUGCCUACAUUAUUUUCAACAAAUAAAACUAUAUGUACCCAUUUCUGAUUGUGUUCUGUUUAACAGGAUUGCACGAGGAUCGUUCAACACGACGAGGAAUAACUAUAUUUUGAUUUAUUGUCAAACAAUCUUAUUAUGACCCGCCUGCCACUUGGAAUUUUUCUAUUAUUAAUAAUUGGCGAUAAAUUACAAUAUUUUAUAAUUGCACGUGCAAUAUUAUCGUAUAUUAUAAAUCACGGUUCAACAACCUGUUACCAUCAACCAUCAUGCCUAAACCGUCUGUUUAAUGCGUUGUAUUGAAAUUAAAAAUAUUAUAU